CAUGCUAACCAUCCUCUUCGCCAGCUUCGAACGAUACUGCGCCAUCUGUAAGCCUACUGUUUCGCAAUUCAGGUGUGAUUGGUGGAGAGCAAUGAAACUAAGUAUGGCAGCUUGGCCAUCUUCAAUCUUGACUGCUAUUGCAGUUGUUGAUAUGGUCGUACUCAGACACAAAUUAUGCAGAAUUCGUACUGAACAAGGCUGGCAUAAAAUGUACGUUUUGGGUGACACGCUGAUCUUUGUUAUAAUACCCCUAGUUCUACUUUCAAUAGUCUUCGCAAGAAUGGGUACCAGAUUACAAGUUGAAGCUCAUGCUGUCUUAAUUCGGAGAGAUUCUAGAGCUGUCCAUUCAUUUGACCAUAAGAGGCAGAUACUUUACGUCUUCCUUGCCAUGGUUAUAGGCUUCUUUGUUUGCGUGUUACCUGAUCGGACAGCUACUAUAUGGGAAACUUUCGCAACAGAAAAAGAUAGACAAGUUAUAGGCCUACAAGGUUUUCAGAAUUUAAACGUCGUUACGAAACUGCUAUUUUAUGCUAAAUCCGCUUUACAUCCUGUCUUACUGAACAUACUUUGCCAAAGGUUUAGACGAGCUUGCUAUAGGACUAUUUUAAGGAAAUCGGAUGAUAGGGGAAAAGCUAAAAGGAGAAAAAAUCUAUCGAGAACGAGUUCAGCCGGUUCCGCUUCUUAUACAGUCGUCAUAGAUCGAGCAAAUUCGCCAUCUUUGCUAACGUUAUUGCGUCCUUCUCCUAAUCAAUUAAACGGCUCAUCGACAUCUCUCGAUAAACGAUCCAGAUCGCCAUCCCCAUCUAUUAUUCGCUCUGGAAGAGCUUCACCUUGUUCCGUUAUUAUAGCUCCAAUACCUAAAAAAGCAAUGAGAGAUCCUCUGGCUAGACGUAGGAGCAGCCUCAAGCCUUCCGAUGCUAUAUUUGAAAAUCAUAAAAUAGUUAUUGACUAUAGAAGACGAUCAGCAUGUUCAGAAGAUAUAGCCUUUAAGCAGUUGCCUUCGUAUUCGAAAUCUGAAACCAGCGGAUUUCAGAAGGCUGCAACAAACUCAGAUUCUCGGCAACCGUACAAAAGACCAAGUGUAAUGGCUUGCCGAUGUUCCAAUAGUUCCCUUUUAGCAGCUCUUCCCAAAUCAAACGGCAAUAUUCCGCCCAAAUCUGCUCUUAACAAGAGGAGGUGGAGUGCCAUACCUAUGGGUGCAAAGGAAAGCCAGGACAUGUAUGGCUUCGUUCCAACGAUACCCAAAAAUUUGCAGUACAAUACGUAG